AAUCCCCGUCAGAACGGAACAAAUCCCAAAGUAAAUGUCCGCUUUCUGAUUUAUUUCCAUUUCCCUCCGAGGGAAGUUGGGGCGUUUGUGAAGCGUCUCCUGCGGCCGGAGUCUGAUGUGUCGCUGAGAGAUCUGCAGCAUUCCGAGGCCCCGCCCCGCCCCGCCCUCACAGUCCCCGGAUGGACGCUGGUUUUCUUUCCGUUCUCUGUUGAAGCGGAUGGUCGGCGGGGAGUCGGGGAUCGUAUCGCUGUCUGCGGGGCAAAUAGAGCAAGUUCCCGUCGAUGUUCCUUACCUGCUGAGUGAUUCUAGUGAUUCCAGUUUCUCUUUAUUACAUUCACCCUGAAACAUUUUAAUUCUCCUGCGAAUGGACCAAUGCCCCAGCGCUCGUUUUGUGAGAGUUGAUAGAAGAUAAAGUGCUUCAUUAUCUCUCCGGUUAAAGUUAGAUCUGGGCUGAGAGAUUUAUUGGAAGAAAAGCCCAUGACUGGAACAAAACCACAACUGAAGAUGAGGGAACAGCAACAAUGAAACAGCCCGAGGACUGAGAGCACCAACUGAAGGGAACCCUUCUGAAUCACAGUUUCCAUUGAUUCACUCAGGAGAAAGUUUGGGCAUCACCAGCAGGUGGAGCUGUCCUGCACCGUGACCAAAGUGUAAACAAGACGACGACAAUCAACAAUCGUCAGUCAGAAUCAGAAUGGCUACAGGUUACAAAUGACAAGGAAUUUGUCUAUGGGAAUCUCGAACACAAUACGCCAAUUUUGCUGUCUCUGACCAGAUAUUUAAGAAGUGGAGCAAGGAUUCACUCGAUCAUCCUUCCUGCUCAGACUGUGGGGAGGGAUUCACUUGAUCAUCUGACCGACUGGCAUUCUCGUAAUUUUACACAGGGGGGAACCCAUUCAUCUGCUUCAGACAGUGGGAAUGGAUUCAGUCAGUCAUCUCAUAUGAAGGUAUAUUAGCAAGUUCACACUGGGACAAGGCCAUUCACCUUUUCUGUGUGUGAGAACGGAUUCAGUCGGUCUUCCCACCUGUGGACACUCCAUUCAGUUCACACUGGGCAGAGGCUGGCCAUCUGCUGAAUUUGUGGGGAAGGAUUCACUUGGUCAUCUGAACUAAUGGCUCACCAGCGAGUUCACACCGGGGAGCGGCCGUUUAUUUGCUCGGACUGUGGGAAGGGAUUCACUUGCUCAUCUAAACUAAAGGUACAUCAGAGACUUCACACUGGGGAGUGGCCGUUCACCUGCUCAGACUGUGGGAAGGGAUUCACUGAGUCAUUUCCCCUCAAAAGGCACCAGUCAGUUCACACCGGGGAGCCGCCAUUUACCUGCUCAGACUGUGGGAAGGGAUUCACUGAGUCAUUUCACCUCAGAAGGCACCAGUCAGUUCACACUGGGGAGAGGCCAUUCACCAGCUCGGACUGUGGGAAGGGAUUCACUGAGUCAUUUCACCUCAGAAGACACCAAUCAGUUCAAACUGGGAAGAGGCCAUUCACCUGCUCAGACUGUGGGAAGGGAUUCACCGUAUCAGCUCACCUACUGAUUCACCAGUCAGUUCACACUGCAGUGAGGGAUUUCACCUGCUCAGUCUGUGAUAAGACAUUCACUCAGUCAUCCAACCUGCAGAGACACCAGCGAGUUCACACCGGGGAGCGGCCGUUUAUUUGCUCGGACUGUGGGAAGGGAUUCACUUGCUCAUCUAAACUAAAGGUACAUCAGAGACUUCACACUGGGGAGUGGCCGUUCACCUGCUCAGACUGUGGGAAGGGAUUCACUGAGUCAUUUCCCCUCAAAAGGCACCAGUCAGUUCACACCAGGGAGCGGCCAUUUACCUGCUCAGACUGUGGGAAGGGAUUCACUGAGUCAUUUCACCUCAGAAGGCACCAGUCAGUUCACACUGGGGAGAGGCCAUUCACCAGCUCGGACUGUGGGAAGGGAUUCACUGAGUCAUUUCACCUCAGAAGACACCAAUCAGUUCAAACUGGGAAGAGGCCAUUCACCUGCUCAGACUGUGGGAAGGGAUUCACCGUAUCAGCUCACCUACUGAUUCACCAGUCAGUUCACACUGCAGUGAGGGAUUUCACCUGCUCAGUCUGUGAUAAGACAUUCACUCAGUCAUCCAACCUGCAGAGACACCAGCGAGUUCACACCGGGGAGAAGCCGUUCACCUGCUCAUACUGUGGAAAGGGAUUCACUCGGUCAUCCCACCUGCAGAGUCACCAGCGAGUUCACACUGGGGAGUGGCCGUUCACCUGCUCAGACUGUGGGAAGGGAUUCACUCAGGCAUCUCACCUACGGAGACACCAGUCAGUUCACACUGGGGAGAGGCCGUUCACCUGCUCAGUCUGUGGGAAGACAUUCACUCAGUCAUCCAACCUACAGACACACCAGCGAAUUCACACUGGGGAGAAGCCUUUCACCUGCUCAGACUGUGGGAAGGGAUUCACACAGUUAGCUAGCUUACAAGCACACCAGUCAGUUCACACUGGGAAGAGGCCGUUCACCUGCUCAGACUGUGGGAAGGGAUUCACCACAUCGUCUCACCUACUGAGUCACCAGUCAGUUCACACUGGGGAGAAGCCAUUCACCUGCCCAGACUGUGGGAAGAGAUUCUCUCAGUCAUCUCACCUACAUACACACCAGCGAGUUCACACUGGGGAGAAGCUGUUCACCUGCUCACACUGUGGAAAGGGAUUCACUCGAUCAUCCACCCUACAGAGUCACCAGCGAGUUCACACUGCAGAGUGACUGUUCAGCUGCUCAGACUGUGGGAAGGGAUCCACUCAGGCAUCUCACUUACCGAGACACCAGUCAGUUCACUCUGGGGAGUGGCCAUUCACCUGCUCAGACUGUGGGAAGGGAUUCAGUCAGUCAUCUGAUCUGUUGGCACACCAGCGAGUUCACACUGGGGAGAGGCCUUUCACCUGCUGUGAAUGUGGGAAGGCAUUAACAUGAUCAUCUCAUCUACCAAAACACCAGCGAGUUCACACUGGUUAGAGGCUGAUCACCUGCUCAGACUUUGGGAAGAGAUUCUCUCAGCCAUCUCCACCAAAUAUGCAUCAUUGAGUUCACACUGGGGAGAGGGCCGUUCACCUGUUGUGAACGGGGAAGGGAUUCACUCAGUAAUCUAACCUUGUGACACACUACCAGGUUCACACUGGGGAGAAAGUUUCAAUAAGCUGCAUGCUGGAUAUUUGUCUAUCACCAUUGCUGAAUGCAAUUUUGAGAGAGACUGUCGGUGCUGAACUCUGCAAUUAUUGCUGCUGCUCACCACUCCCAGUUCUGCACCCUGGUCACUGGGCAUGGGAGGAGUUUCUUCUGCUGCAUAUUCACCUUUAAUGGGACUGGAGUUUAAUAUUCUGGAUCUGAGACAAAUAAAUCAGUUCUAUUUUGAA